UAACUGGCUGCGCAGAGCUUUUAUUGGACGGUGUCCUUCUCACCUCCUCACUCUUGACAAGUCAGAUCACUCAAAUAUUCAACCGAGGACAGCGCUGCUCUGUCGGAACACUUGUGGACGAAAGUCAAAGAGGCGGAAAAGAGGCAAAAGGACGCGAGGGGAGGAAAAGAAAACGGAAAAUGUGAGUCUGAGACUGUAGUGAGAUAUUGUGGUGUUUAGAGAAGUUACGUGGGGACAGUCAGUGUUGCCUCACAGCAGGAGGAAUUAUGUUCUCCGGUUUCCUCAACUGACUAACACAGAGCUUCCCGAGGCAUCAGCAACCCGCCGGCUGUGGAGGAGUCAGUGGUUGUCUGGGGGCCCCGGGAACCAACAGCUGCCCUCAGCUGAAAACCUUGUAAAACCCUGCAAAUCUUUUAUUUUAUCUUUGGCUUGGGGGGAGCUGAGGAUGCCCCAGCCAGAGGGGUUUUGCGUGUCUAAUUUUGAAGAGUUACACCUUGAAUUUGAUCAUUUCAGAUAAUACAACGGGUCUUUGCGGCCCCUCGUUGAUAUUUUCCACUUGUACAGUUUGUCCGCGUCCUGAAAGAAAAUCGAACUUUAGAAAACUCACUGGGCCUUUCGGCCAAACUGCAAAAGUUUGGAGACAGAUUUUUCAAUGUCCAAUCAGGGGCCGGGACACUCUCACCUGACCCGCAGCGAGUCACUGCACUUCAGUGGAUUUAAACACCUGCGUGGACCAGGUAGCAGCAGGGGCUCGUGACGGAGCUGCGUGCUGGGGCCCAGUGUGAGCACUUCUCAUAGAACUGACAGUUGCGCCAGUGUUAUCAUCGUCUGUGCUCUCGUGGUUUCCAUGGAGCCCGCGGAGGAGACAGACAGCAUGACGGGCAGGAUGCCGCUGAACGCAGGAGACGCCGGGUACGGCAGCGUGUCGGGCCCCGGGCUGUCGGGCGCCGCGGGCGGCUCGGAGACGGCGCCGCUGCUCAUCGCGGUGCCCGAACCGCAGCCGCUCCGGCAGUGGCAGCCGCUGACCAAGGAGCAGCUGGAGGUGGCCGCGGGGGGUCCGCGGUGGAGGAGGCUCCGCUGCUACCUGGUGCUCCUCUUCUGGCUGGCCUGGCUGGCCAUGCUCGCCACCUCCGUCGCCAUCAUCGCCACGAGCCCCCGGCCCGUCGUGACGCCGCUCGAGUGGUGGCAGAAGACGCUGCUCUACGAGCUGCCGCCCGCCGCCUUCAGGGCGGAGGAGGGGCCAGGGGGCAUCGACGUGCUGUGUGAGCAGCUUCCCUACCUCCGGUCCCUGGGUAUCGGGACUCUAAUCCUGGAGGGCCUAUUCGAUAAAGAAAACCUCACUGUGACCGGGGAAAGCUUGGGGACGUUGCCUCAGAUACAACAUCUGCUCACGGAGAGCAGCAAAGCUGGUCUCAAAGUGGUGUUGGACUUCUGUGGAUUGAAACUAGAUGGAGCAGGAAACAAACCGUCAAACCUCUCGGCCACAGUACAUCCACUGCGGUUCUGGUUGGAGCAGGGCGUGGCCGGUUUUGUAAUCUGUGAUACAGAUGCAGCGUAUUCAGAAAAGACUCUGCUGGAUUGGAGAGGUGUCUUCAGGGAAUUUAGCAGUCAGGAGGAGAAAAGGAUUGUGGUGGUGAGACAAACACAAUACAUCCUGCCUCCUCUGAACAACUCGAGUCAGACCAACAAGAUGCUGGUGGAUGUGGUCAUGAGGUCAAUUCUGCCAUCUUCACAUCACAUCCUGUCUGCCCGGGAAGUGGCCGAUGCCAUAGAGACGCACCUGCAAAUAAGAGAAGAUAUAUGGCCAAGCUGGACAGUUGGAGGUAAAGCGUCUCAUGACUUGAAGAAGUUACUCCUUGUGUUGACGAUGACUCUGCCUGGAUCACCUACAGUCCAGUAUGAUGAAGAAAUCAACCAAACACAGAGUGCAUCUCUAAAUGUGGGCUCAUCAAAUGGAGAGAAGAAUGACUCAUCAGGCACUAAUACAGACAAGGAGAAGGAGAAACGUACAGCUGUGGCUCUCUUUACCUCCCUCAGUCACUCCAGAGCCAGAGAAGAAGCUCUUCUGUACGGCAGCUUCACCUUCCUCCCCUUCAACACCUCCACUAACUCCUCCUCCGCCUCAAACUCCACUCUCGCCUCGCCUUCCUCUCCCCUGAUCCUGGCCUUCCUGCGCUCCUGGGGUUGCGUCCACUUCCUCGUUCUGCUCAACAUCGGGCCUGAGCUGCACACUCUGGAUCCCGCCUGGGCCCCGAGUCUGCCCGCGGCCGGAGUGUUUGUGGCCAGCACAGGGAUGGACCGCCUGGGGUCGACAUCUCUGUACUCGCUGGAACUGCGGCCUCACGAAGCCAUUGUCAUCAAAUUGUUUGAGUCAGGAAGCUACUCGUAGAGCUUCUCUGUUGUCAGUUGUGCUGAGAUCAAGGUGCUGGUGCUUUCCUUUUUACAGAAUAAGUUCAGAUUGCUAUGUGUUCUGAAAAUAAAAAUUAAUAUAUGUUGUGA